CCGGGACGGACGAGUGAAUGAGCUGUGACGGAAUCGGACUCGAGUCGAGACGGACGGCAGGUUAAGCUGAACGAGAUCGAACGAACUCUGACCUCUGCUCCUCAGAAAGAACGACGGCUCGUUUGACUGUCACCAUGGACUCCGUAUUCUCAUCUGUAAGGUCCCUUACACAAAUCUUUGAUGGGAAAAUGCAAGAAUUCAUCAGUGACAUUGAAAAUGUCCACAUGAUUUGGCUUGAGGAGAUCCAGCAGGAGGCUAACCGCAUGUUUUCAAGUGACUUUAGUACUGAACCAGAAUUGAUGCCAAAAACUCCAUCCCAAAAGAAGAGCAGUCGUAGGAAGCGUAUAUCUGUGGGGUAUCAGGAAGAGAAUCAUAUGAAGCGACGAUUUUCUAAGGGGAAACGCAGUAAGCUACGUGACUCGUCUGUCAGAAAACUAGACCUAAUUGAUGAAGAUAAAAGUGUACCUGAGGCCACAACCUGCGAGAUGCCCAAACGUAGCACCCGCAGAAACAAACAAAUCCAGGCUGAAGACUCCGCAGAUGCAGCAAUGCAACCUCCACUCAGCAGCCGUAAAACCAAGCAGAGCGGUGAUCUGAACAAAGACCAAAAAGUAGUUGUGGCAGACGAGGGGGCCAACCAACAGAGUGAGGUCAACCGUACAGGGACCACGGGUGAGCUGGACAGUUCUGACCCUGAUUUAUCAAACAUUGCCCACGGUUCAGCCAAGAUGGCUUUGCCUGAGGUUGCAUUGAAGCUGUCCACAGCAGAGCGUACGACUGCUGAGAUGGCCGUGAAGCCGGAGGUCUCUCCUGGCCGCUCAGCCACUAGGAUUGCAAUAGCCGGCCCAGCGAACGCUUCUCAACGGAGCUCCGUGCGCGUCUCCCUGAAGUUGCGACACUCAUUGGCUGGCUUACGGCACAGCAUGACACAAGAUUCAGUUCGUCGAGCUUCUAGGCGUUCCAUGCUAAAGAAGAGGGCUGGCAUGGGAAACUCCAUCUGCAGCAGUGCGGACAAUUUCAUGGAGAAUGAGGAACAGGUUGAAGAUAUCAGAGAUACUGUGCCAACAGUGGAACCUCUGGAUACGAUGGCUGAGGCAGGAGCUACAGAUCCUGAGGCGGCUCUUGAGCAAAACCAGGGGCUGACUCAGGCUAACCAACGUCACUCCAACAACACGACGCUCUGUCCUGUUACCCGUUCUAUGGCUGUAAAUUCUUCCAAAAUGACCCCUCCAGGUUUGUUGCCUGAUGGAAAUGUAUCAAAAACACCGCCCAAGUCAAGUUUGAGGUCCCACCAGAAUGCCAAACGCAAAGCUCCAGACCUUUCAGAGGAAAGCCCAACAAAGAGGUCCUCUCCACCAAAGAAAACUCAAAGCGCGAUCCGGCCCAAUAUGAGAUCAUUCCUCCACACUGUGCAGAAGAACCAGUUGCUAAUGAUGGCUCCUACUUCCCUGGGCCGAAGCAAUGUCAUGAAGUCCUUCAUAAAACACACCACUCCACUUAAGAGUGAUUCCAAGAUUAGCGGUGGUGUGGUGUCGAGGGAGCGUCAGAAACUGGAGGCACUCAAAAAGAAGCAGGAGCAUGAGGAAGAAAUACUAAAGAAAAUGGAGGAAGAGAAGAAAAGGAAACAAGAGGAACAGAAAAGGAAGAGGGAUGAGAGGCUAAGAAGAGUUGUCGAAGCCAGAGUAAAGGAGGAAAAGAAAGAAGAGGAAAAGAAAAAGAAGAUUGAGCAGAAAAUGGCACAAUUUGAGGAGAAAAAUGACAAGCUGCGCACUGAACGCCAGGCAGAUGAGAAGGCCAAGAAAAAGGUCGCACUGAAGCGUCAAGAAGAACAGGAGCAGAAACGCAAACUGGAAGAGGAAGCUCGAAAGAAGAAAAUGGAAGAAGAGAAGCGGCAACAGGAGUCCCUGGCUAAACGGAAGGCUGAAGAGGAGCAAGCUCGAAAGCUGGCUGAGGCCCGCAAAGCCCUGGAGCUGAAAAGAGAGCAGGAGAGGGAGCUGGAGAAGCAAAGACGAGAUGCGGCUGAGCGGGAGCGCAUUGAGAAAGAAAAGGCUCUUGCUCUUCAGCGAGCAGUGGAGAAGGCUGCAAGGGAGAAAGAGCAGAGAGAGUUGCAGGAGAAAAGAAAGGCACUUGAGGAAAAGAGAAAAAGGGAGGAACAACAGAGACUGGCUGCUGAGGAACAGGCUGCUAAGCAAAGAGAGGCUGCUGCCAAGAUUAUUGCCACUAUUCAGACACCUGUGGACAAAGGGGCAGGCCUAAAUGUGACUAUGGAUGUUGAGCAAUCGGCAAUGACUCCUGUUAAAAAUGCUGUCACACUGAAUGUUACCAUGGAUAUUGAGAAGUCACCCCAGACCUAUAACAUUACUCCAAAGGGGGGCAACGCAGCAGUAGUUGUAAGCAAUAAUUCUGAUGAUUAUGGGAUGGACCAAAACAGUGAUGACUCAACUGAUGACGAGUCUGCACCCAGGAAAACAAUACCGUCGUGGGCAGAAGGUCCCAAUCUACAGCAGACCAUCAUCAAACAGUACUUCAACCCUCCGGAUUUAGAUGGCUAUUUCGGCGUGAUUGAACCACCAAGGCUCGAGGACAUCUUUUAUAAGAACAAGCCUCGCUACUUUAAACGCACCAGCUCUGCGGUCUGGUACUCACCACCUGGAAAUGGCCAACAUUUUUAAUUAAACACUGGGAAUGGGUCUUUUUUGAAACCUUUUCUCUUUUUUUUUCUCCAAACAUUUUGUAUAAAGUCAAAUCUUCUGAAUAAAGUUACGGAUUCCUCUUAAUGGGGUGAUUGGCUCUUUAUAUUUUUUUCUUGUAAAAUACGAUGUACGUGAAAUGAUUGAGAUGUUUUUAUGACUGGUAGAUGAGGGGUAA